ACAUCAUUUGAUAGAAAUCCACGUAUUAGCCUUUUAAAGGCCUGUGUCAUGCGUUGAACAACCAUCUGUAAUUCUUCAUCUUCCUCACUCCUCAGUUCUCACCAUCAUCUCUCUCUCUCCUUAACCCAAAAACCUCAAAUAUUUCCCACUUCCAGUAAUUAUUAAUUGUAAAACAUGGCACCAUCUACGCUUAUAUGUGACACAGAUGCUUGGCAAAACUUGAAGAUGAAUGUUGAGGAAAUCAAGAAGACCCAUCUUCGUGAUUUGAUGAGUGAUGCUGAACGAUGCAAGUCCAUGAUGGUUGAAUUUGAUGGUUUGCUAUUGGAUUACUCCCGGCAAAAUGCAACUCUUGACACCAUGAAUAGAUUGUAUCAGCUGGCAGAGGCUGCCCAUCUCAAAGAUAAGAUUAGUCGAAUGUUCAAUGGAGAGCAUAUCAAUAGCACCGAGAAUAGGUCUGUUCUUCAUGUUGCUCUUCGUGCACCAAGAGAUGCAGUAAUAAACAGUGAUGGGAAAAAUGUGGUCCCUGAUGUGUGGCAAGUUCUCGACAAAAUUCGGGAAUUUUCUGAGAAAGUUCGAAAUGGUUCUUGGGUAGGAGUCACUGGGAAACCAUUGACACAUGUUGUUGCAAUUGGCAUUGGAGGGAGUUUCUUAGGACCUCUCUUUGUGCACACAGCUCUUCAAACAGAACUUGAGGCUGCUGAAUGUGCAAGAGGACGUCAACUACGCUUUCUGGCAAAUGUUGAUCCAGUUGAUGUUGCAAGAAAUAUUACUGGAUUGAACCCUGAGACCACACUUGUUGUUGUCGUAUCAAAGACUUUCACAACUGCUGAAACCAUGUUGAAUGCUCGGACACUGAGAGAAUGGAUUUCCUCUUCCCUUGGGCCUGCAGCAGUUGCAAAGCAUAUGGUAGCUGUUAGCACUAAUCUCAAGCUUGUUGAACAGUUUGGCAUUGAUCCUAAUAAUGCUUUUGCGUUUUGGGAUUGGGUUGGAGGCAGAUAUAGUGUGUGUAGUGCAGUUGGAGUUUUGCCAUUGUCUCUUCAGUACGGAUUUCCUAUUGUUGAGAACUUUCUAAAAGGAGCGUCAAGCAUUGAUCAACAUUUCUACUCAGCACCCUUUGAGAAAAACUUACCGGUGCUUUUAGGUUUGUUAAGCAUUUGGAAUGUUUCAUUUCUUGGACAUCCAGCAAGAGCCAUAUUACCAUAUUGUCAAGCACUGGAAAAAUUUGCUCCUCAUAUCCAACAGGUUAGCAUGGAAAGUAAUGGAAAAGGUGUCUCAAUUGAUGGUGUGGUGCUUCCUUUUGAGGCUGGUGAAAUCGACUUUGGCGAACCUGGGACAAAUGGGCAACACAGCUUUUAUCAGCUAAUACAUCAGGGACGUGUUAUCCCCUGUGAUUUUAUUGGAAUUGCAAAAAGUCAGCAACCUGUGUAUCUUAAAGGUGAAGUAGUGAGUAAUCACGAUGAGCUCAUGUCCAACUUUUUUGCGCAGCCAGAUGCCCUAGCUUAUGGAAAGACUCAAGAAGAGUUGCAGAAGGAGAAUGUAUCUCCAGAUCUUGUCCCGCACAAGACUUUCAGUGGAAACCGUCCUUCUAUAAGUCUUCUACUUCCAUCUCUGACUGCAUAUAAUGUUGGACAGUUGUUGGCUAUCUAUGAACAUAGGAUUGCUGUCGAAGGUUUCAUUUGGGGUAUCAAUUCUUUUGACCAGUGGGGAGUUGAACUCGGAAAGUCACUGGCAAGCCAAGUAAGGAAGCAGCUUCAUGCGUCUCGUAGUAAUGGAGAAGCAAUUCAAGGUUUUAAUUUCAGUACUACAACAGUGUUGACAAAGUAUUUACAGGGGAGUUCCGAUGUCCCUGCUGAGCUUCCAACCAAGUUACCACAAGUCUAGCCCUUUCAACCAUCAUGCCAGUGUUGCGUUUGUUUUAGAUGUUUAUUGCUAUCACAAUAAAGUCUCCUAUGAGAAACCUGAUAACAAAUCAGAUUUUGGUCACCUGCGAGUUGUCGUUCGCUUGUUGCUCAACGCGAUGUGAUCGUUUUCCAGAGCAAAUUAUCACCUGGAAUGGUUGUGCUCAUGUAUAGGGCAACAUGGAAUAAUUGAGAAUCCAGCUACGAUGGCGUAAUAUGUAAUUUUGACUGAACUGUUCCCUUGUCUUUGAUGAAAUUUGCAAAAUAUAUAUGUAAUGACAAGAACUCAAGAUUGACAGUGAAUCUAAUGUUUUUUUUU